AUAUGGUCCACUGCGCUGGAUGCGAGAGGCCUAUUCUGGACAGAUUUUUGCUUAACGUCUUGGAUAGAGCAUGGCACGCAAAAUGCGUGCAAUGUUGUGACUGUAAAUGCAAUUUAACUGACAAAUGCUUUUCGAGAGAAGGACGACUCUACUGCAAAAAUGACUUUUUUAGACGUUAUGGCACUAAAUGUGGAGGCUGCGCGCAGGGGAUCUCCCCCAAUGAUCUAGUUCGGAAAGCACGGAGCAAAGUCUUUCACCUGAACUGUUUCACUUGUGUCAUGUGCAAUAAACAGCUUUCCACCGGAGAAGAAUUAUAUAUUCUAGAUGAAUCUAAAUUUGUCUGCAAGGACGAUUACAUGAAUAACAGCACCGGAAAAGACACAAACCUUCUGUCAAUUACUACGUGCAGUGAUCCGAGCUUAUCGCCAGAAUCUCAGGAUCCACAAGAUGAUUAUAAAGACUCUGAGACUGGACACCUGUCCGACAAGGAGACCUGCAACAACGAAAACGAUGAGCAGAAUGUAGGUGGCAAACGCCGUGGGCCAAGAACAACUAUCAAAGCCAAACAGCUAGAGACACUAAAAGCUGCUUUCACUGCUACCCCCAAACCCACCAGACACAUACGUGAACAGCUGGCUCAGGAGACAGGCCUCAGUAUGAGAGUAAUACAGGUGUGGUUUCAGAAUCGGCGCUCUAAAGAGAGGCGCAUGAAGCAGCUGAGCGCACUGGGCGCUAGAAGACACAUGUUCUUCCGCAGCCCGAGGAGAAUGAGAGCGCUGAGCGAUCGUAUGGAGUCAGGAGAGCUCAUGGCCAACGGACAUUACUCUUAUUAUGGGGACUAUCAAGGUGAGUUCUAUGGCCCGGGGUCUAAUUACGACUACUUCCCUCAGGGUCCACCAUCCUCCCAAGCCCAAACUCCAGGUGAUCUAGGAUUCAUGCCCUCCUCUGGCCCAUCAGGAACCCCUCUAGGGAGUAUAGAGCACCACCAUGCAGCACACCACCCCUCCAAUGAGGCACAAUGCUUUAGUGAGAUGAUAUCGCACCACCCAGGGGACUCCCCCAGCCCAGAUCCCAGCGGACCCACCUCCAUCCACAGUAUUUCCAAUGACUUGUGUGACUCUAAUCCGCCCUUCACAUCCCUGAACUCUCUCAGUGGCAACGGAUACAGCAACCAAUUGUCACUCCCCUCAUCGGAGAUGAAUGAAGGGACGGUUUGGUAGCUUCUGCACAACCUGCACUGUGUUUCAGGAUUUUCAAACAUGUGGAAUUGUAUUAUUUGUGUGUGAUUUUUAUAUAGCAACAAUAUUUUAGUUAAUUUAUCCAUGUAUUUAUAUAUCUAUUUGAGUCGU